UUUAUUAUAAAAAUUUUGUAUAAAUUUUUAGGUUCUAUUUGGUAGAAUACGGUACUGCAAUAUGAGUUCAGGUAAAAGGAGAAAUAUUCGUAGGAAAAGGCAGGAGUCUAGCGAUGAAGAUGAAGAUAAAUCUGUUGUAGGCAUUGUGGAAAUAACUCGAGAAAUGCAAAAGAUUCGCAAGCGCCAGGCAGGAGUGAAUGCAGUUGCUUUGGCUACUGGUGCCAAAAUGACAAAUGAGCAAGAACUACUGAUUGAAAAUGAUCCAUUCAAACUAGGUACUGGUGGACUUAUUGACAUGAGAAGAGUGAAAGAUAGAAAUCGAGAUCGAACAUAUGAAGAUACAGAUCGUGAUGUGACAAAUUUGGGAACAACUUUUUCAGCUGAAACAAACAGAAGGGAUGAAGAUGCUGAAUUGAAAAUAUAUAUUGAAAAAGAAUUACAAAAGCGGAAGGGUAUCACGAACGAUGAUGAGAAUAAAACUAGCAAUAUCAAAUCAGCUGAAGAUCAAUUGUUUGCCCUUCCGGAUCAUUUGAAAAUUUCUGUGAAAAAUCAAUCUGAGGAAAUGUUAUCAAAUCAAAUGUUGAGCGGCAUACCUGAAAUAGAUUUAGGAAUUGAAGCGAAAAUUAAAAAUAUUGAGCGUACAGAGGAUGCAAAACAAAAGUUAAUUCAUGAGCAGUUAAACAGAAAGAAGGCAAAUUCUACAUCAUUUGUUCCAACUAACAUGGCUGUUAAUUAUGUUCAACACCGGAGAUACAUGUGUGAAGAUAAUGAUUUUGCAAAAAAGAAAGAACAAAAGCAAGAACAAGAACUUGCACCACUGGUUGUUGGUAACACAUCUCGCCAACCUACAGUAGAAUUGAUGAAAAAGCGAGAAAAUAAAGAUAAAGCUUCGGAUGACUUUCAUUAUGAUAAAUUUAGAAAACAUGCUCGGAGAUUUUAAAAUAUUUUUUAAUUUAACCCAUGAUACAUUGUGAGAUUUAUGAUAAACCUGUUUUUUGCUAAUCGGAGUUUGCGGUGCAAUUCCAGUAAUAUCAACCAAAUUGAGUGUAACAAUGACAUUUCUAAAUUCAUAUAAAUUACAUCUAACUGGACCCAAUGAAUACACUCAAAGCAUACAUGUAUGGUUAUUAGGAAUAUAUUUUGAAGAUUGAUGUAAUUGUCUCGUAGUAUCGAUUCAGUUUCAAUGGGUGUUGGCUGGUAUAAAUAAAAAAUUAGUAACAUAUAUCAUGUUUGGUCUUUAUUGAUCAAUUUUAUGUAAUAUCAUGCUUAUUUAAACCAAGGUAUUCUGUUGAAUUCUAAAUAAUUAACUCUAUAAUGAGAGUGAUUGAUUAUGCCAAAUUUUAGUUACAAAAAAUAAUUUCAAUAUUGUAUUUAUGGAUGUCAAAUUAUUUUUGUUUAACGCUCAAUAACUGCCCCAAUUUAUUGCUUUCUUUGUUUUACAG